CCGAUUUAAAAUCACAUUGUUGCUCAUCUCUGCCAUUGCGUCGUUCACAACACUGGGCAGUAAUUAUUGUUGCAACAAAUGAAAGGUUCUUUAAUCUUACGUGUGAAAAUUACUAAAGCUGUCAAGGGGCAAAUAGGCCAACAAUUAAACCAACUGCACUGGUAUAAAAUGCGCCAGCGAUAAACUGGACUGGAAGCACUAAGCCCUAUCAAACGGUGAAAAAACAAUCAGUGUGUGCACAAAAGAAAAAGUAAAUAACACAACACGUCAGACCUAAAGAGGCAAGAAAAGACUACCAAAAUUUUUAGUAUAUUUAUCGCUUAUCUUUUUUGCGGCAAAGACAGAGACACGUUCCAUAUGAUGAGACUGCCAAGCAUAAUGUGCAUUUCGAUGCUCCUGUUGGUUCAGUGCAGCCACCUCUUGCGGGCGGAGCUGCAGGGUCCACUCUCCGAAAGCGCCAGCACGACAGCAAUUUCCGAGCCAGAGGCCGUUAGCUCCACGGAGCCACAUAGUCAGAGCAAGACUGAGGCCGACGAGAUAACAACAGCCGAGAAAGACGCUAAGGCUCCUCCCGUCGACCUAUCCUCGUCAGCAACAGCACCAGGCAGCAACGAUCGCAAAGCGGCCAAGCUUAAGGACAAGGACAAGGAGUUCGCGCCGCGCACUAAACUAAUGCCAGCUGCAGUACUGGAGCGCUUAUGGAACGACAGUCUAAUGAAGCAGCAAAAACUGAAAGCUCAAAUCGAAAAAAUUGAAGCAGGGCAAACUCCCGCUGAAGCUGUCGAGCGGACUCCCGAACAGAUGGAGGCUCAGAGCCUUUACGAGAACGCCAUGGAGAUGCUGGCUAAGCCGCGCACUGAUAAACGCGUUGCAUUCACACUGUUGCGAAAGGCGGCCGCAUUCAAUCAUCUUAAGGCACGCGCAGAACUGGCCUGGGCCGUUCUCUUGGGUCAUUGGAUGGCAUUUGAUUUUCACCACGCCGCCGACGAGUUCGAGAGCUUGGCAAACGAAGGAGUAGCCGAAGCUCACAUGGGUCUUGGCUUUUUGUACUCAGCGGGCGUGGGUGGCAAGAAUGUCAGCCAACCGCUGGCUCUACUGCACUAUACGCUGGCAGCUCUUGGCGACAAUACGCUCGCCCAAAUGGCCAUGGGGUAUCGCUAUUUGUACGGCAUCAAUGUGCCCACCAGCUGCGAGAAGGCUUUGAUUCAAUAUAAGCGUGUGGCCAAGAAGGUAGCUUCCAAAAUAACGUUCGCGAAUGGACCGGUGGUGCAUCGAGUCCGGCUGCUAGAUGAGCUAGAGAACCCAGGCAGUCACGAGACUGAAAUUGUCGACUACUAUCAGCUGUUGGCUGAUAAGGGCGAUGUGCAGUCCCAGGUGGGCUUGGGUCAGUUGUACUACCAAGGCGGCAAGGCUAUUCAGCAGGAUCAUCAAAAGGCAUUGGAAUAUUUUACGCUUGCCGCCAAUGCAGGCAAUGCUAUAGGUUUUGCCUUUCUGGGCAAGCUCUAUCUGGAGGGUAGUGAGCAAAUCAAGGCGGAUAACGAAACGGCUUUUAAGUACUUCUCUAAGGCAUCCGAAAUGGGUGAUCCUGUAGGCCAGAGCGGUCUAGGACUCAUGUAUCUGAAGGGUCUUGGUGUGCCCAAAGACUCUAUCAAGGCUUUGUCGUACUUCACACAGGCUGCUGACCAAGGCUGGGUUGAUGGACAAUUGCAGCUAGGCACCAUGUACUUUACUGGCAAUGGCGUCAAGACGGACUACAAACUGGCGCUCAAGUAUUUCAACUUGGCCACACAGUCGGGCCAUGUUUUGGCGUACUACAAUUUGGGCAUUAUGCAUGCAUACGGCAUGGGCAUGCUGCGAUCCUGCCCAGCUGCUGUUGAGUUCUUUAAAAACGUGGCGGAACGUGGUCGAUGGAGCAGUAGAUUAAUGCACGCCUACAGUGACUACAAGCAGAAUCGCAUCGAUGAGGCCUACAUGCAGUAUUCCCUAAUGGCUGAAGUAGGCUACGAGGUGGCCCAAAGCAAUGCAGCUUUUCUGCUAGAUCGCGAGGAGGUGCAUGUGUUUAAUGAUCGUCACGAGGAAUUGAUCCGCGCAUUUUACUACUGGAAACGAGCUGCCGGCCAGGGCUAUUCGGCGGCCCAAGUUAAGCUGGGCGAUUACUACUACUAUGGCUGGGGAACAAAAACGGAUUUUGAAACUGCUGCAGCUCUUUAUAGGAAAGCUUCAGAUCAGCAGUACAAUGCACAGGCUAUGUUUAAUUUGGGCUAUAUGCACGAGCAGGGCCUGGGCAUGAAGAAGGAUUGGCAUUUGGCCAAGAGAUUAUAUGAUUUGGCAGCCGAAACGAACUCGGAUGCCAAAGUUCCUGUAGCUAUUGCGCUUUUCAAGCUUCAGAUGCUAGCUAAGAUGGAAUCAAUAAAACAAUCGCCAUACAGAUUCAUCUUUUAUAUGGAUGAAAACAUUGCUGCCAAUUGGGAUUUAUAUAUGAUCACCAUACUGACCUUAUUACUGGGCAUUAUAAUGUAUACUAGACGACCAUUCCAACAGCCCGAGCAGCCUGCACAGCCCCCGCAGCCGCCAGCUAAUGAUAUAGCAGCUGUUGCCGUUAAUGCAACUCCAGCGGCUCAACCAGCGUCCGUUGGAGCUUCUGCGACACCAGCAGCUUCGACUGUGGCAACAGCCAGCUCAUCCGCAGGGACGAGCAGCAGCAGCAACGCACUCGAUCCCACUGAUUAG